UUCGAGACCGUGAAGUUUUUCUUCCUCGCUGCUCUCUCUCUCUCUCUCUGCGUGAAUCUGCGCUAUGUUGCCGUCAAUGGACAACAACCACAGGGAAGCCAUGAAGAAGGAAAUAGAUUGAACACUGUUGAUAAACUGAACUCGUGGAGGAAGCACGAUGGUUAAAUUGAGGUCAAGAGGCAGUUUGCGGUAGGCAAAGGGUUCUUUUUCUGUCAACUUCAGGGGUUGGAUAGGAUUAGGGGCGGAAAAGAAAAGAAAAAAAGCUGGAGUUGGCUUCACGGUUUAUUCCAAGCUAUUCUAUGUGGAUCUUUAACCUGUUGAUUCACUCCACCUUUUCACCUCAGGAUAUAUUCUCUUUUACUUUAUUUUUCUGCUUUCAUUUUGAAGUUGGAAUUUGGUGAAGGAUCUUAUCAAAUUAAGUUUCAUUCUUAUUUAUCCGGAGGAGCUCUGGGUAUAUUUGAUCAUAUCAGACGAGAUUUUGGAGGGCGAUGCUUUUGAUAUGUUUCAGAUGAACUGAUACAGAUCGUCAGUAUGAUGCAAUUCUUUGGUUGUCUGAAUAGUUUCAUGGCGCGUGCUUUGUUGGACUUCAAUUUUCCUCAGCUGGUGAUGAAAGCAUGAAAUAGCUGAGUUAUUGAUGGGCAGUACAAGCAAGACAAUUGUUUGGUUCAGGAGGGACCUGAGGAUUGAGGAUAACCCAGCCCUGUUUGCUGCGGCGAGGGAUGGGGUUACUCUUCCUAUUUUCAUCUGGUGCCCAAGUGAGGAAGGGAAGUUCUUUCCCGGGCGUUGCUCUAGGUGGUGGUUGAAACAGUCUCUUGCCCACCUUGAUCAGUCUUUGAAAUCUAUUGGGGCACCUCUUUUGUUCAUUAGGGCUGAGAGUACUGUCUCUGCUCUAAUUCAGUGUGUAACUUCCAUUGGGGCCACUAGAGUGGUGUAUAAUCAUCUUUAUGAUCCUGUUUCACUUGUGCGAGAUCAUGCAGUCAAAAGUCAGCUAUUGGAUUAUGGAAUUACAGUGCAGAGUUUUAAUGGAGAUCUUCUGUAUGAGCCAUGGGAAGUUUAUGAUGAAAGUGGGCAUGCUUUUACAACAUUUAAUGAGUUCUGGAACAGGUGCUUGAGCUUGCCAGCUGAACCUGUAGCAUUUCUUCCGCCUUGGCGGUUGGUACCACCGUCAGGGAUUGAAAGCAUUGAAAGUUGUUCUAUUGAUGAAUUGGGCCUUGAAAAGGAAUCUGAGAAGACCAGCAAUGCGUUGCUCAGUAGGGGAUGGUCCCCAGGUUGGAGCAAUGCAGACAAAGUGUUAUCUGAAUUUGCUGAGAAAAAUUUAUUAGACUAUUCAAAGAAUAGGAUGAAGCUUGAAGGCACAAAUACCUCCUUGCUCUCACCUUACCUUCAUUUUGGUGAGAUCAGUGUAAGAAAAAUUUACCAAACUGUGAGAAUGAAGCAGAUACUGUGGACAAAAGGGAAGUCCGAUGCAGUGGACAGUGUCAACUUUUUUCUCCGAUCUAUUGGUCUUCGUGAAUAUUCACGAUAUCUAUGUUUUAAUUUCCCCUUCACUCACGAAAUAUCAUUAUUAGGGAAUUUGAAGCACUACCCAUGGCGUGCGGAUCAGGAACAGUUUAAGUCUUGGAGGCAGGGGAGGACAGGGUAUCCGUUAGUUGAUGCAGGCAUGAGGGAGCUCUGGGCAACCGGCUGGAUACAUAACCGAACUAGAGUUAUAGUUGCGAGCUUCUUCGUCAAGUUUCUUCAACUUCCAUGGACAUGGGGAAUGAAAUAUUUUUGGGACACACUCUUGGAUGCUGACCUGGAAAGUGACAUCCUUGGAUGGCAAUACAUAUCUGGUAGCUUACCAGAUGGUCAUGAGCUCAUUAGACUUGACAGUCCAGAGGAGCAGGGUAUGAAAUUUGAUCCAAAUGGGGAAUACAUAAGAAAUUGGAUUCCAGAACUUGCAAGGCUGCCCACUCAAUGGAUACAUCAUCCAUGGGAUGCUCCAACAUCCAUACUAAAGGCUGCUGGGGUCGACUUGGGAUCAAACUACCCAAAACCAAUCGUGGAGAUCAAUACCGUGAGAGAAUGGCUCUACGAUUCGUUGUCCGUUAUGUGGGAACUUGAUCGAGCCGCGAAAGCCGAAAGCUUCAACAGUUCUUGUGAAGUCUUUGCUGACAAUGCCAAGACGCAAACUUUCGAUAUUCCGAAAGUGGUCGUUAAGAAAGAAAUUUCAGACAUCACAUCAUCUCUUGAUCAAAGAGUGCCAUCGAUGCUUAAUAUUGAUGGAACUUGUGACGAAAAGAGGAGUGGAAAUAUAGAUUAUGUUGCGAGAAAGGAAAUUGAAUUUGAGCGUCGUAAGGAGAAGGGAAAUGUUGGUGAGGAUGAAGAUUUGAGAUCUACUGCAGAAUCCUCAUCGGCUAAGAAAAGAAGCCUCAAUGAGGCCCAGUUUUCUGAGGCAAUGCCAUGCUAUUCUGAAUCAGACAGUAAAAUUCAAUGCGGAUAUGAUGCUUUCAAGCCACAAUUUUUGAGAGGUUCGCCAUCAACACUGCCAGAGCAUAAAGAUUAUGUCACAGAAGCACAGAAUGAAGAGGCUGACGCUGAGAGCAGCAAAGAGAGCCUGAGAUCAAGCAAGAGACCUGCUUAAUUUAGGAGAAUAAAAUAAAUUUAUCAGAUAAUCCUUUUAUCUCAAUGAUCUUAUAAUCCCAUAGAACGUUGGGUUUCUAAUUGUUAUGUUCAUGUUUAGCAAAUUUUCUUUCAAAUAAAGUUUUGCGAGAAUUGAAAUGUUGGUGUAUAUCUUUUUGUAUUUUAUUUUUGUUUAUACUUUUUAAUGUAUAAAUGGUGGUGGUGCUUAUAAUUUGUAGUUCUUAGAGAUGUAGGACAUGUCCCCUCUAUUAUGCUUCAGGGGUGUUUUGGAUAUAUGGUUUUUUAUUUUUUUAUUAGGUUCUAUGUUCCACAUCUUUGUUUUUAGGAAAGUGUCAAAAUAGUCUCCCACUAUUUAUAUGAGGCCCUUUUAAUCCAAAAGUUUAUAGAAGUGCAAAAAUAG